AAGAUAUUCCUCUUUUGAGCGAAAUUUAAUGUUUUUGAGUGUAACUACUUUUAUUUAAGAAAUUGAAGGAAAUGGGAAUAAAAGGACUUUGGACUGUAUUAACCCCGUUCAGUGAAAAGAAAUCUCUUCAUGAGAUAAGAGGAGAGACGCUAGCUGUGGAUUUGGCAGGAUGGGUGUGUGACAGCCAAAAUGUUACAGAGUACCAUAUUCAGCCAAAGUUAUAUUUAAGGAAUUUGUUCUUCCGUACCAUAUACCUCCUCUUAGCUGAUGUAGAGCCGAUAUUUGUACUGGAUGGAGAUGCACCGGAGCUUAAACGAGAUGUGAUGGCAACUCGUAAUGCUAUUCAAUUCAGAGGAGCUGCUCCCAGAACUGAAACUGUGACUAACAAACAACCUGACAUUAGAAGAAAAAGAUUCAGUAAUGUCCUCAAAGAGUGUGAAACCCUUCUGAAGUCAAUGGGAGUUAGGUGCAUAAAAGGAAAAGGAGAGGCUGAGGCUACUUGUGCACAGCUAAAUGCUCAAGGUCUGGUAGACGCUGUAGUAUCCCAGGACUCGGAUUGUUUCGCGUACGGCGCGCGACGCGUGUAUCGAAACUUUAGCGUGUCGAGCGCGUCUGGCGGGGGCGCCAUGCAAGGCUCGAUCGACUGUUAUGACGCUGAGAAAAUGUUUCAGAGUAAUGGUUUCGGCCGCAACAAAAUGGUGGCUUUGGCUCUGUUAUGUGGAUGCGAUUACGGCCUCGGCGCGUGUGGGUCCUCGAUAACCACUGUAUUGUCCUAUCUACAUACUAUUUCUGACAAAGAUAUAAUAUCCAGGCUAGUCUCAUGGGUCAGUGACCCUGAGCAGUACGAGGAGAAAUCGCGCUGGGUGUCCGCUCCGGGCCGCUGCGACCGCUGCGGGCACGUGGGGCGCACGCACGCCAAGAACGGGUGCCCUGUGUGCGCGACCCAUCGCGGGUGUGAGGACAAGGGACACAAAUCGAAAGUAAACGCCGUAAAACGAGAGCUGGCGCUGCGCACACGGGCGCUUUCUUGCGGCAUGCCGUUUCCAGAGCCUAAAGUUAUGAAGGAGUUCCUAGAUUCUACUCAUGAAAAUUUAGACGUUGACACUCUGAAGAAACCUAUCCCGAGCCUGAUACAAUUUGUGAAACUUAUGUCGUCAAAACUGGAUUGGUCUGAAAAGUACAGCGUGCAAAAGUUUUUACCUCUUUUGACAAAAUGGCAUUUUCAAGACAACGUACCCCAAAAAACCCUUCAACCAGUUACAAUCAAGAAAAAACGAAACCCUAAAGGUGUGCCCAGUUACGAGGUCCAGUGGACUGAUAUAGACGGCCAGUACGAAGCCCUUAUUUCGGAUGAACAGUUUGAAGAAGAUGAAGAUAGAACUACUCCGUGGACGACAACGGAACGCCAAGACUUAUUACGGAAAUACUAUCCGGACUUAGUCGAAGCCUAUGAAGAAUCAAUUAAGAAGCCACAAAAGGAAAAGAAAUCAGGCCGUAGGAGGAAAAACGAUGUCGAGGAAGGCGAAAAGCCUAAGAGAAAGUAUAACCGAAAAGUGAAAAAAUUAAACGAAAAGCAAAUUGUUAAUCUCACCGACUCCAUAAGGAAUUGUGAUUUGACAAAUAAAACGCCCGGGUUGAAUUCCAGUAAGCUAUCUGUAAAGGUUGUUAAACUCAAAAGAAAAUUAAAAAGUAGUUCUAACAGUAAAGGACAAAGAACUCUUAAUAGUUUUAUUGCAAGUAAAAAAAGAAGAUGCUCCAAGAUGUCAAAUUCAUUAAGAAAAAGCUUUAAAAAUAUGUCGCUUAAGGAUGAGAACAAUAGCAAUAUGUUUAUUAAUCUUCAAGGCGUUGAGUCUUUGGUUAAAAAUAAAUCAAAACAUUUGCUCAAUAUUGUUAAAUCUGCCAGUGAAAGUGUCUACGGGAGUGAUUUGUCGGACAUAGUCGACGACAUAGUAGCCAAAGCGCCCGUUGUCAAGACCGCAAAGCUCGACCAGAACAUGGUUAAACUCAUUUUUAAUAAACAUUCUACGCCGAGAAAGUCAAUAUUUCGAAAUAGCGCUUUAAUAGAAUUAAACUAUAAUUGCUCAACGCCACAACGCAAUUCAAAUAAAGCCAAUUCCACAUCAGAAAUAAACGGUAACACGAAUACGAGUUAUUUCUUCGACAAGUUCUCGGAACACCGUGACGCCUUUGAAUUAUCUCUAGAAAAUCACGACUUUCAACAUUCCAUUAGCGCGGUAUACGGAGUCUGUGACUGAAUAAGAAUUACGUAG